AUGAAAAGAACUACAAAACCUAACCGGAAGCCGUCAAAGAAGUGUUUUUAGAGCAGCACAGGAGAGGUGAGUAUUGACCAGAGGAGGUACAAAGGGCGAUAAUGAGCUUUUUUUCAGAGGUAGAAACCAAACAGCAGAGCCACAGCUCGAGGUUCAGGUAGGCAGAAAUGAGUGUCUGCUGCAGCUGUCCUUGUUCUUUUCUCACCAUGGUUCUGAUUUACUGCUGUGUAUUAUCUAAUGACAGCUGAUAACGACAGGUUCAGGCACACAUGCUCACAUUAUAUCUGUACAGGGUGUUUGGCCCAUUUGGCAGCCUUUCCUGGAGAAACUAGUUUGGGUGCCGUUUUCAAAGCUGCUCAUUGGGUUCACAAUGUCCUCGACAGUUGGAAACUUAAUACCAAAGUAAGAGCACUUGUCAGGCAGAAAGUUUGUCACAAAACUACCACGCAUUUUCCCUUUAAUUUAACAUUUAUUUACCACAUUUGAAACAUCUAUACGUGUGUAGGUCACAAGACCACAUAUAGAGGAACUUUUGCAUAAAUGAUAAGCCAGUAAAUGAAUGAAUCAAUCAGCCAAUCAAUGAACUUGACUCUUAAUGGAUUUCCAAUGGGUAACCUCAUUUUCUGGCAACACUACCAAGUGUGAGGAGGAACUUCUCUGCUGUACUUUAUAGGACUUUGGUUUUUCGUCUAUCAAAUGCAAACUGAAACUGUUCAAAGUACACCUACUAUCUUUAACAGCCCUGAAGUAUUUAAAAAUGAACAUCUGACCCUGAAUAGAUGGUUUAGUUUGUGUGUAGGCCCCAGUUUGUUUUGCUUCUGUUUUUUAAAAUGUGAAAAAAGUCCCAGAUUAGAGGCAAAAAGUCCCUCAUGAGAGAGAGAGGAAGUUUGAUUCCCAUUUCCUUCUUUGUCUCCUUCACAGAUGAGACUUCUCCUCCGCUCCUCUUCUACUAUUAGGACUUUAUUUUUUCAGAGGCCUUCAGUAAACCCACAGAGGCAGCAAGGAUUGAGUGGUGCAGCUAUGCGUCUGGUGCAGUUCCAACACCAAGGGGAUGAAGGAGGCAUCAGGGUGGGAGUAGAGCUUGGUGAGGGGCUCGGUGUGGUGGAUCUUAAAGCGUAUGACCCCUCAUUGCCAACAACAAUGAAAGCGCUGCUGGAGCUGGGAGACGAGGGUCUUCAACAUGCACAGAGGUAUUAAACGCACUCUCUUUACGGUGCUUUCACUCUGCACUAGUUCCUAAAACUCUUGUUUUGCCUCCUAAAUAAUCCCAAUUGUUUAUUCAUCUAUUCAUAUGAAUCAUAAUCUCCUUACAUAAAUACCCUUUCUAUUAUUAAAUGUCAUCUUUUGAAUCAGCAGCCUCCUUGAUUAAUCAUCUAUUUUGGAUAAAUAACUUUAUAUAAUUAUCAUAAUAAUUCUUUGCCCCCCUUUAGUGCUUUCCACAAGGUCUUCAUAAAUCCCUCCCCCCAUGUAAGAUAUCUAAACUUCUUCACAAAUCAGCAACUUCCUCCUAAAAUAUCACAUUUUUAAAUCAUCAGCGUUUCUACUUCAACAUCCAUAACAAAUCUGCUCUGAAUUUUGGUUAAUUAUCCCCUUGGUUCAGAUAAAUCUGCAUCUUUUCCUGCAUCUGACAACCAUUUUGUUCCAAACCUUGUUCUUCCUCCUCUUCCUUCUCCUCUUCAGGGCCAUGUCGUCCGGUCAGUGUGUGGUGGAGCGCUCACGGAUCCAGCUGCUGUCUCCAGUGUUGGCUCCAGAGAAGGUGGUGUGUGUGGGUAUGAAUUAUAGGGAUCACUGUUUAGAGCAGAAUGCGCCCAUCCCUAAAGAGCCAAUCAUCUUCAGCAAAUUUCCCAACGCCAUCACCGGGCCGUACGAUGAUAUCCUGCUGCCUUCAGAGAGCCAGGUGAGAGUUAGCACAUAAAUAUUAUUUACAGUGCACUUAAAGCAAAGAAGAAGGGAACAAGAGAGACUUGGAGAUUAAAAUCAGAGGCUUUUCCCCAUAUGAGUAAACAUUAAAUAAGUACAAUUAUUAUUUUUGAGGCUGUUUCUGCAUCAUUUUUGCAGGAGGUGGACUGGGAAGUCGAGCUGGCUUUUGUAAUUGGACGAAGAGGAAAACACAUAAAGGUGAGCAUCCUAAUUUCUCUUCUGAAGGCCAUGGCGCUCUGAUCCUCUGAUUGUCAGUUGUGACUAUUUCCACGACUCAUCGUUCAGGAGGAAGACGCUCUCUCCUAUGUGGCCGGGUUCACUGUGGCCAAUGACGUCAGUGCACGGGACUGGCAGAUGAAGCGCAAUGGGAAGCAGUGGCUGCUGGGAAAAACGUUUGACAGCUUCUGUCCUCUUGGUCCUGCGUUAGUGACCACUGAUGCUAUAAAAGGUGAGAGGGGACAGGAAACUGCACCUUAAAGGGAUAUUCCGGCGUAGAAUUAAUUUAGGGUCAAACACACCAUAACACCAAGUUAGACAUCCCCUCGAGAGAUGAAUGUUGCCGACCGCUUGCUUCUCUAGUUAUACCAACUUUAGUAACGACUGCAGGAUAGCAAUACACAGCGGUCUGAAGAGCCAUAAACAAACCUCAACCUAAACGCCACUCUAUAGCCACAAAUAAUGGUCAGAACAGCACCUAACUUCAUCAACAGUACAUACAGGGUCCCAGCCAUAGUACUAGCCACCAAACAUCUUUUUAGUUUUACCUAAUUUCUUUAGCAAACAGACUAAACACAACUCACCUACUCUCUUCCAGCAGCUGCUUAUUUGUAGGGAGAGCUCAGGUGAGUCCAUCACUGAGUGCAACGAGGUGACGCAGCUCAAGGAAGAACAUUUAUGAUAAUUUUUUUAUGGAAAUAGAAUCAGGCCGAGACGCUAAGGCAGAAGAACUACCCAGUCUGCAGUGUAAAAUGAUUAAUAUGGUGAUUAUUACUUCAAGGAAAUGAUAAAAAAAAUGAUCAUGACCGUUACGGUGUGCAACGAUCAUGAUCAUGACCGGAAUAUCCCUUUAAAAAACAACAUAAUCCUAUCAUCUUGGGUUAUAUUUGGAGACGGUCUUGUAUGUCAAUAAUGUUUCUUUUUUUUUUUUUUCCAACCAUCCCCUCAAGAUCCUCACAACCUGGGUGUCCGCUGUCUGGUUAACGGCCAAACGGUUCAGAACAGCAACACAGACCAGAUGAUCUUUAAGACGGAGGUGCUGGUCGCUUGGGUUUCAAAGUAGGUUCAUCAGAUGCACUUGGUCUGCUCAUGUCAGAACUGUCUGAACUCUACAGUUUCACGUUUUGUUCCAUGUUAUAGUACAAGCUCGUAAAUUUCCCUGUUUCAGAUACUUCAACACUUCCAUUUAAGACAUUAUGCAAAGCCAACCGUCAAACAGGAUCUACAAAAGAGGUUCUGUUUAAGAAAAAAACCCUUAUGCAAUAUACAGUCAAGAAAAGGCACGCCUCAUUUUAGACUGAUCCAACAACCCAGGAUCUGGAGCCCUUUUGCCCUAAAGUUCCCAAACAAAUCGGAGCGUCCUGUGAUCCGAUAUGAUCUGGGAUUCUAGCACAUGAAAGAAUCUCAGUCCGUGAUGAUAAUCUAUCAUGACCAAGAAAAAAAAAUCGUUUUGAUUCACAGUCAUGAGGAGAGAGUCGUGAUAAUUCUGUCGGCACUGUUAGGAAAUCAAAUCAAACUUUAUGAAGCGCUUUUCCUACAAAAGAAUGUAACGCAAAGUGCUUUACAGUCAAUUUAGAAACAAAAACUAUCCUAAACGCCCCACCCCCACCCAAAGAGGCAAUCUACAGUCACAUACAAGCUCAUCCAAAGCCACUUGCACGCCAGCGCACCCGCACAUACGCACACUAAGAUAGUGGACAUGAGGCUGAGUGGACAUGAACCAGUUGAGAAAGCGCCACCAGAGGAGCCGUCAGCACCAGGAGCAGAGAGCCGCUCACAGCCACAGGACACCAACACAGGGCCAGACGAGAUGUGGCAGACACCAACCUUCACCAGGAACCCCGUGACUGGUCCCUGCAACCACAGCCGACCAUCGCUCCCGAUGUGUCCUCUGAGGGCUUCCUUAGAGGACACACUGUGGGUCCUAAAAAUGAUAGAGUAAAAAAAAGUAAUAACUAAGAUAUGAAUAAAACCAGACCAUCUUAGUGACUAUAAAUACAAUUAGAUAUAAAAUAAGAAACCUAGGCUAACUAGAAUAAAUGAAGAUAAAACAAAUACUAAUUAAAAGCUAAGCUAAAAAGGUGGGUCUUGAACCUGCUGUUAAAAAAAACAUGAACAUUCUCUGCGACCCUGAGGUCCUCUGGCAGGCUGUUCCAUAGAUGAGGGCCGCAAUAUUGAAAAGAUGCGUCGCCAUGAGUGUGUGUCCUGACUUUUGGAAUGACUAGGAGCCUGCUGCCAGAGGAGCGCAGGGUCUGUGAAGGUUCAAAAGGUAAAAGCACUUCUGAAAGAUAAGGAGGCCCAAGACCAUUAAGACGUUUAAAAACAAGUAAAAGAACCUUAAACUCAAUCCUAAAACACAUCUAAAACCGGUGUAAUGUUGGCCUGCCUCCUGGUCUUAGUCAGGACAAGUGCUGCUGAAUUUUGUAAUAAUUGUAAACCUGAAAUAUUCUUCUUGGGAAGACCAGAAAGCAGGGCAUUACAGUAGUCUAGACGACUGGUUAUAAAAGCAUGCAUUAGCGUCUCCAUGUUGGCCCAAGAGAGAAUGGGAUGGACUCUAGCGAUGUUCUUCAGGUGAUAAAAACCUAAUUUUGUUACGUUCUUACUGUGUGGAAUAAAAGUCGGCUCAGAGUCAAAAAUGACACCCAGCUUUCUCACUUGUGGUGAUGGAUUAAAAGACAGUGCUCGUAGUUUGGGUAAAAGUUUCCUUGAUGACUAAAACCUCAGUUUUAUCCUGGUUAAGCUGGAGAAAGUUCUCUGCCAUCCAAAUGCUUUUUCAAGCUCCUGAAUUUGCGUUUUGUUAUUUCUCUCAGGUUUGUGACGUUGGCUCCAGGCGAUGUGUUCCUGACAGGCACUCCUCCAGGUGUGGGUGUGUUCAGAAAGCCUCCUGUCUUCCUUAAGGCGAGUUAAACGGAUAAAUCAAAGAAGUAGAACACAGGUUUACACUUUGAAGCAGGCGAAAACAUGCCUUGUGUAUCUUUUGUUAAUCUGGUUUCACCAUCUCUGACACAGAGGACUGUGCCAGGCAGGUUAUCAACCUGACCAGUCAACAUGGUUACCACAUUGAAUACGCAGAUUAAGACUGGUAUUAGUGUACAGUGGAUCUGACUGUAACAACUCCUAUUUAUUCUUCAAAACAGAUUUUUCUGCUUUAAUAACUUAUGAGCUGCAGCUCUGAUGGUAUCAAACAGAGCGGUAUGAAGAUGCUCUGAUGUUCGCCUAUUUUGGAUUAAGACGCUUGGAAAGCACAACCAGUUACUUUGAUUAACGGUAUUCAUAUGUGAAAUCAUUUGGUCAGCAAAGCGUCCUGUUGAUUUCGCCUCCUCCUUCCACUACAAGCUACAAGAUCAAGCAGAUUGAUCGUCAUUUGGCAAUUUUCAACAAACUGACCUCCUACACUGAACAUGCCCGGCAAUAGAGCAGGUUUAGUGUCCAGCAUGGUGAGAAAUGAACCAUCUGGUGUUAACCUAGAGUGGUAUAACUAAGCUUCAUAGUGCAGGCCCCUGGUCUGUGCCAGAGUUAAAAGUUUUUAAAGUAGAAAAUGUGUAUGAUAAAUACUUUGACUUUUGUUUCCACAGAAAGGAGACAUUGUGGAGUGCCAGAUUGACCAGAUAGGCUCCAUCAUCAACAAAGUCGUCUGA